UAUAAAUGCAUCCACUUUCACUUUCUUCUGACAGAAAAGGGAGAGAUUGCACUAGAAAGAUCAGAUUACAAUGGCGGCUGUAAUUAUGCAGCAACCUUACAUCUAUACUCCAAAUAACGCCUGGAGUUCAGGAAUAUGUGACUGUUGCCAGGACAUUAAUUCUUGCUGCUGUGCGUUCUGGUGCUUUUCUUGUUUUAUGCGCAUUACCUCUCGUAAGUUUGGGGACAGCUCCUAUGGGAUUUCAUGUUGUGCGUGGCCUGCGUCUCUGGGAAUGAGGGUGGCAGUUCGCUACAAAUAUAACAUUGGGGGCAGUAUUUGCGAGGACAUCAUGGUGACUCACUUUUGCAUGUGGUGUUCGUGGUGUCAGAUGAGUAGAGAAAUCAAAGCACGCAAACAAGGCCUCAAAAUAAUCCAAACAGUACCUGCGUUUCAACCAGUUCCCGUGUCAGCCCAAACUCGAGUUGUCCCUAAACAGCAGACGGCUAGUGUGGCUCCGGCAGCUCAAGCAAUACAGAUGCAACCAAUUCAGAUUGGUUAACCUAUGGAGACAAGAGUUGUUUAAUAGUAUAUAGAUGUUUGUGGCAGAUGUUUGGAAGUUUUAUAGGGACUUUCAAUAGAUAUAUAUUUACAAACCCUUAUUUUCUAUCCCUUAAUCCACUUGAACACAGCCCUC